AUGCUCCCACUCCUACCCUUCCUUAUCGCCGUAGCGGCCCAGACAGUCACCGUCACCGACAUUCGCUACGUCCCUCCCGAGGCGCCCCACGGUGUGGGUGGUGAACAUGGCGAGGUCACCAUAACCAAGACGUUUGUUAUUACCGGCGCGUUACCGACUUUUGAGCCGGUGGCCACUCAGGCUCCUCAGGCUCCUCAGGCUCCUCAGGCUCCUCAGGCUCCUCAGGCUCCUCAGGCUCCCCAACCUCCACAGGAACCCCAAGGCCCUCAACAGGAACCCCAGGCUUCCCCCAAUGAGCCCCAGGAACCUCAGCAGCAGACACCGGGUCCAGCCCCACAGCCUGCCCCGAGUCCUCAGCCAGAGCCUGCCCCGAGUCCUCAGCCAGAGCCUGCCCCGAGUCCUCAGCCAGAGCCUGCCCCGAGUCCUCAGCCAGAGCCUGCCCCGAGUCCUCAGCCAGAGCCUGCCCCGAGUCCUCAGCCAGAGCCUGCCCCGAGUCCUCAGCCAGAGGCAGCCCCGAGUCCUCAGCCAGAGCCUGCCCCGAGUCCCCAGCCAGAGCCGGCCCCGAGUCCCCAGCCUCAGCCCGAGCAGCCGGCCGCGAGUCCCCAGCCUCAGCCCGAGCAGCCGGCCGCGAGCCCCCAGCCUGAGCCGGCGACCCAAGCUCCCGCAGACACCCAACCCGCCCCCGGCGCUGCCACACAGCCAGUCAACCCUCCCGUAACAGUCAUCACGGUCACCGGCUCGAUCGACAACAACGCCCUCAGCAGUCUUCUGUACCAGCCGACCGCGCUUGCCGCGGGCCCAGCCGGCCCUAACACCGACACGGUCCCAACCCCAGCCACGACGAACAAGGACGCCCUUGGUCCUGCAGGACCUAACCCCACGACGGCGGCGCCGGCCACGACCAACCCCAAGGACCUGGGCCCGGCGGGCCCCAACCCGACCGACGAGACUACGGCGCCAGCGCCCUCGCCGGCCAAGACGACUGCGCUGCAGACGCCGGCUAGUGGUGGUGGCAUUGUUCGUCCUGCGGUUGGGGUGUUGCUUGUGUGUGCUGGUGCUGUUAUUGCUGUGUAA